AUAUGACCAGUGGCAAGAUAAGGCUAAUUGUUGGGAAUAGGAGCAUCCAUUACCAUAAGAAGAUAAAUGACAACCACUGGCACAAGGUGGACCUCAGUGUGGAGAAACACAGUUUUCACCUGCUGGUGGACAACCUGAGGGUGACCGACGGACAGCUACCUGCAGGAGAGGGAGCCGCCCUCACUCUCAGCUCACCUGUCUACCUGGGUGCAGACCUCACGACCCCAAACACAGAAGCACAGAGGAAGUCCGUGCCCAGGGCUAGUGUGACAGGGUGCAUUUAUAAUUUCAAGUUUUAUAACGAGCUGGUGGGUGAGCCUCUGACCAAAGCAGGAAUAUCGCCGUGUUUCGACAGUAAAAUGGGUCAGGGGUCUUUUUCUCUGGUGAAGGAGCUUACAUGGCUUCCCGUGAGUGUUUUUUUUUUUUACAUUUAGUACAUUGGAGAACUAAUCAGCUUUCUACUGUAAAAUGACUGAUGAAAAACCUUAUGAGCAGUUAAAAAUGUUCAUAUAUUAAGAAGAUAGAACAUCGUCAGCAACUAUCCCACUAGAAACAGUGGCUGAAAAAACUGUGCUGUGUUGUGAUGUGUGUGGGCUUCAGAGACCCCUAAACUGUGGCGUGUUGUGAUGUAUUUGGGCUUCAGAGACCCCUAAACUGUGCCGUGUUGUGAUGUAUUUGGGCUUCAGAGACCCCUAAACUGUGC